CCGCCUCUGCGCCAUACAUCUGCCCCUGUGCUCUUUCCUGCCUGCCGCCUGGCCGUCGAUCGUCUGCCCCCAUGCACCGGCCUCUCGGCGAUUCGCCACCAUCACUCUUCCCUCCGGAUGAUCUCCCGCCUCUUCCACCGGUCAGCCUCGGGGCACCGGUACUUCUGGUCGGGCAGCCAGCUCCCACUCUCUCCUCGCCGACCAUGACCCCGGUCCUUUUGGAUGAGGAGCCUGAGCAAGACGAGCCGAUGGCCUCGCUGUCCGUGGUGCCGGAGCCCGAGCCGGCCCCCGGGGCGGCCUCCAUGCCGGAGCUGGAGCCGGGGUCCGAGGCGACACCCACGCCGGGGCCCGACCAUGCUGAGUCCUUUACCCCCUCAUCCGAGCCAAAUGGCACAUGGGAGUCUCCGGAGCUGGGACCCUCGCCGGUCGCGUCCAGGUCCACCCCCCCGGGCGGGGACUCCCCGAUGGCUUUCAGCUCGGACAUGACUACCGAUGAUACUGCGGCCCCGACGGCGGCCACCUCUCCCUCGUCCGCUGCUGUCCAUGAGCAAGGGGACAAUGAGGAGGAUGCUGCGCGCGCGGAAGACGACAGCGACAGCGACAGCGAUUCCGAGGAGGACUUCACUUGGUCCGCCCCCACCCCGGCGCGUCCGCGACGGCCGAAGUACCAUCCAAGUGACAACGAGUCGGACGACGACGACGACGACGACGACGAUAGUGGCCACCACCGCAGCAUCCUGGAUGGGGCGCGCGAAUAUGACCGGACCGAGACCGCCCGUCUGGACAUGCUCCAAACGAUUGAGGAUGUACCUGGCGCACUUCCCCCACUUCCUUCCCCCCGCCCCCCAUUUGCUGCCUUGCCUGUCUCUGACCUGAGUCUGCAUUUGCCCCAGCAACUGAUCCGGCUUCUGGAGGUGGCUGGCGAUGCGGCCGACGAGCUCGGCGGCAAUCUCGACACCCUGCGAGACGCCUCAUCGUUGGACCAUGCCAAUGACCACCUGCCCGACUAUAUGGACGCCUUGUCCCAGUACCUGAUCAACAUUCAGGGGGCCGAGCCUCUCCUGCGUGAGUUCCUCGGCCUGGUUGAUUCGAUAGAGAGCCAGACCAAGGUUGCCAUCCUGACAGCGGCCACAGCGGAGGCCCCCUUCCAAGCCAACUCCUACCUUGAGGAGAAGACCUACGAGCUGCAGGCCAUUACCGCUUCGCUCGGGCGCCAGGAACUGGAUAAGCUCCUGGACAAGAUUGACCGGACCCUGUUUGAUCAUUACACGCAGAAGACUGGGUCUGAGUGAAAUAGACGGACCGAUCGGGAGAUCUCCCAACCCUUCAUCUACACUGGUAUAUUGCCGCGCGCGCGCGCGCGCGCGCGUG